UGUCAUUUCCAUGUGUGUGCUGUAAUCGUGUUUAUGCCUAUAGGGCGGUUAGGGGGCGUUUCAAUCAGCUGUUAGAAGUGUGCGUGUUUGUUCCACGUGAUCUUUCUGUUUUCUAUAUAUCUGAAAUCAAUUCGUUAUCUUUCUUUUUAUCCUGCUUUUUGUGCUCGAGGAGGUGGAAAUUGAUAAAUUAUGGCAUACGAAUUACUAAAAUCUAUAAUAUUUGAAUACAGUACAGUUAAAUUUGUAAAUAUCAAGAGUAAAACUGUUGGAAUUCUCAAUCGAUUUAUACAAUUGGUCAUUCUUGGUUAUGUUAUUGGUUAUGCUAUUGUAUAUAAUAAAGGAUAUCAAAGCUUUGGUGGACUUGAAAGUUCAGUUACAACAAAACUAAAAGGUGUUGCAUUUGUCAAUAAUUCAAAUGAUGAUUUUAUCCCUCAUGUUGACCCAAGUUUAUAUAAAAGGAUAUGGGAUAUUCCUGAUAUCAUAGUUCCACCUUCGGACAAUGGAGCCUUUUUUGUAACAACAAAUAUAGAAAUUACUCGUCAAAAUUUAUCAACUUGUCCAGAAGAUCCUUCUAUAAAAGAUGCUAUAUGCAAUAUACAUAACAAUACAUGUACAGCUGGACAUCAUUACAUGAUUGGAAAUGGUGUAGCAACUGGAGAGUGUGUUCCAAUCUAUAAUAGUACUAAAGCAAACUAUACAUGUCAGAUUGAGGCUUGGUGUCCUGUGGAAUAUGAUGAAAAACCAUUAAAAAAUGGAACAGCUUUGUUUCCUGAUACAAAAUAUUUUACAGUUUUAAUAAAAAACUCUGUCGAUUUUCCAACAUUCAAUAUCAAAAGUAAUACCAUGUUAAUUUUGGGGCAACUUGGGGCCAAAAAUGAGAUUUCGUUUUUAUCUCAACAAUCUAGAGUUUUGUGUAUCAUAUUUGUCAGCCACAUGCCAUGCAGAAAGGGUGGUGUAGUUGCAAUAAUAAUAAACUGGGAUUGCAAUUUUGAUUUUAAUGAAGAUGAAUGUAUGCCAACAUACUCUUUUCGUAGAUUGGAUGAUCCGUUUGUCAAAAUAUCUCCCGGAUGGAAUUUCAGAUAUGCCCAUUAUUAUAGUGAUACAGAACGUACUCUCUAUAAAGCAUAUGGAAUAAAAUUUGAAAUUCUUGUUGGUGGCAGAGGAGGAAAAUUCAACAUUGUUCCACUUCUAAUGAAUGUUGGUGCUGGGCUUGGCCUCUUUGCUGUGGUAAGUUUUUUAUCUCUAUAG